AAUAAAAAGUCUUGAAGCAGUCCCACCCCACCCGCAACUUGACUCUGUUGUCGAAACAAUCUUGUUCGUGUUGCUGAUAAUGUUAUCCAAUCUCUUGGCCGAAGCCAGAUAAUAGAAUCACACCAACAUGGACUUGACCCUUUCCCCUUCUUCUUCUUCUUCUUCUUCUUCUUCUUCUUUAGUAAUCUCGAGACCUUCUUACUCUUCAUCCUCUUCCACCUUGUCCUUCUUGGCCACCAACUCAAUUCUCUCUAGGAAAGCUAGAAUCAGCACCAGAAGAAGCAAGGCUCUAACUUGCAACGCAUUGUUCGGAUUGGGCGUUCCCGAACUCGUCGUUAUUGCUGGAGUUGCUGUCCUCGCUUUCGGACCUAAGAAUUUGCCCCAAGUGGGUCGCUCCAUCGGCAAAACCAUUAAGAGCUUCCAACAGGCAGCAAAGGAGUUUGAGUCCGAGAUUAAAAAGGAACCUGAUUCCACAGAAGAGAACCCUGCUGCUGCAGAGAAAUCAAUUGCUGUGAGUGAACAGGAGGAGCAAGAGACUAAGGUGUCUGGUACUAAAGAUAGUGUAUGAGAUGUAGAAGAGUAGACAUAUUUCGCUAAAUUUUUUACCAUGGCUGCCUUAUACAUUUAAAAGAAACAUUAUUCUAAAAUUAACAUUUAAAAGAGACUAAGUUGUCUGAAGUAUGAACAUUCUUUAAUUUUCUUUCUAUCUAGCUAUCAAUCGGAAACAACCACGGGAUAGAUGCACUUUUACAAAAUGCUAGUGCUCGGUAGUUGAGGGAAUUGCCCCCUCAUUUGUUACAGGGGCACAGGUAGUUCAAGGAACUUUGCCAAAAGCGAUGCAAAAUAUCAGUGGAGUGACACCAUUCAAAUCAUUGAUAUAGGUAGUGGAAGGAAGAACAGAGUCGUAUGACUUGUGAAUAGGACCAUGCUUCUUAGAAUUUGGGUUUAAACUUAAUUCAAGCCUAAAAGCUAUUUUACCGGGGAAUAUGGAUUGUGACCUGCGAUACUUAACUGAGAGACAUGAAAAACCAUGAAGUCGUGAAGAUUAGAAGUUGAAGUAUCUAAAAGCAAAGAACAAUGUAUUUCAAGCAUUAGAUCAUUCUACCUUGAAGACAAUCGUUAGUAAAUAAAAACACAUAAAGGGGAAUUUGGGACUCUGAAUCAGAAAUAUCAAGGUACAACACGAGUCAAACGUGCUUAUUUGCAAACAUUAUAAGGAGUUUGAAGUGCUCCACAUGAAGAAAGGAGAAUGGGUGAAUGAGUACUUUGCUUGCACUCGUUAUCAUCAACAAGAUGAAAAGCUAGGGUCUUAAUAGGGAGAAACUGCGGUUGUGGAAAAGAUUUAAGGUUAAUGACUCCCAAGUUCAAUCAUGUUGUGGGCUUCAUUGAAGAAUCCGAGGAGUUUACUUGGGCAUGAACAACUCAUAAGUUACAAUGUUGAAGAAAAACAUGCUUUGAAGGUGACUCGUGGAGACCAAUCUAAAGGAUGAGGACGAGGGUGUGGAAGUUUCAGAGGUAGAGGCUAUGGAAGAGGUAGACAAGGCUUCAAUAAACAAAUGGUAGAAUGCUAUUCUUCUUACAAGCUUGGGCAUUUUCAUUGGUAAUGUCUAACAAAACAAGGAGAGACUAACUACAAAAAAAAAAAAAAA